UGGUGUUCAUCUAAGAGUAUACAAAUGUCACGUGUGUGUACCGGUUGAUAUAGGUAAAAAUAAAAGAUAAGGUUUGUAACUCGUGGUUAAUCUAUCUCGGCAGGGUAUUUAAAACACAAUCAGCGUUUUCUACAACUCAGUUAUUUGUUCUGCUGUCCUGAAUUUAGACCACAUCGAACUCUGUCUUGUUAUCAUUCAUAAUGUUUACUUUGAAAGCAGCUUUGUUUGUAGCUAUUGUAGCGGUAUGUUCAGCUCACAUGUGUCUGCUGAGUCCUGCACAAAGAGGUUCAUUGAUGGGCUUCAAUAAAGCAGGUGCUAAUGACUGUAUUUUGUUGAAAUCUCCAUGUGGUGGACGACCAAAAUCAGACAAUGUGAUAACUUUAAGGUCGAUGCAAAAUUUUACUGUUGUCAUUCAAAAGAAUUUAGAUCAUUGGGCACAAGCAACACCAGGACAAUUUACAUUUAAUAUCGCCCAACCUGAUGGAUCUGGUAUAAAGGAGUUGGGUAUGAUUCCUGAUAUGGGAGAACCAUCUUUGACUUUGUACGCUUUGAACGUCACCAUUCCUUCAUCAAGUGCCGGCAAUUAUAUUUUACAGACACAAUAUGUCACCAAGAACCCACAAGCUCCCUCAGUGUUCUACCAGUGUGCCGAUAUCAUGAUUAUGGCAGAGCAGGAUAAAACACAUAUUAUUGGUUAAAAGUGAAAUAUUGCCCAGUCAGGGGUAAACCCAAUAAAAAUGGUGAAACGUUUAAAUAUUGUUUUACAUUUUUUUUACAAAGUCGUAAAUAUAGCCACUGCAACCAAUAUAUAAAUCGUAUAGUCAGUUUGCUGAAAUUCAUCAUUACAUUACAUAAUGGUUAUGCGCACAAAUACUUAUCUCAGAAAUAUUUAUGUUCACGGUUUCAAUUCAUUCAAAUUGUUAUUUUAUUAUUUGAUAAUAAUAUGUUGUUGUCAUCCUUAAUACUGUGUAUGUUUGCAUUUGCUAUUAGACAAUGAAAAAAAAUUGAGAAAACGUACGAAAUUGCUUAUAAGAAUGAAGUUGUCGCCCUUUAACUAUAACUAAUUCUUGUAUUAGUGUUUAUCGUCCGAUUCCACGGAGGACGAUAUCGCAGACAAUUCAUCUUAUUUUGCUGGGCUGAGCGUACCCGCGAGGUGAGGGUGGGGGGGGGGGCCUGUGGGAGGAAACCCAGAGUACCCGGAGUAAACCCUAUAGAGCUCGAAGCUCGACACACUAGGACAUCUCAACUAUAACUGCGAUAGAAUAAUUUUUAUACACCCGUAUUUUCAUGUGAAAGUAUAUUGUCUGUGAUCACUCUAGAGGUCAUAAUUUUUAUUUUGACGAAACCUGAAAUUUAGGUUUAUAUCCUUUCGAUAUUGGCGGACCGUAACUUCAUAGAUUAUGGCCCCUGAUUGUACGAAAAAUCACACUUUUAGCUUGUGAACUAUCCGUUCGAAACUACCCUACAAAAUGGUCGCUCUUCGUGCGCAAAUCGUGUAAAAUUAUUUAAAGGAGCUAAAGCUCUAUUCUUUGGCCCCUACAAAUGGACACAAAUGGGUCACAACGCAUAUAAUAGUGUAUUAUGUAUGUAUAUAAACUGAUUUAUAUUCAA